GGGGCGGGCAUAGGGGACGGUCUUGUGCGGGCAGUGGCACCCGGCCGAGUGGGCUGCGGGGAUGCGGGGCACGAGCUGUGUGGGUGGCGGCGGCGAGAGCCCGGGUGGCGCAGGGUUGAGCGAGGGCCCGCGGGGCCGCUGGCUGCGCCUGGCCCCGGUCUGCGCCUACUUUCUCUGUGUCUCGCUGGCUGCCGUGCUGCUCGCUGUCUACUACGGUCUCAUCUGGGUUCCCACGCGGCCCCCUGCAGCCCCAGCCGGCCCGCCGCCCAGCUCGCAGUCUUCUCCGUGCGGCGCCCGCUCGGACGCGCUGCCUGCCCCGGCGCCCGCCGCUGCCUCGGUCUCUUGCCUCCUGGGAGCCCCUGGCGGGCCGCGACCCCAGCUCGAGCCGCCGCGCAGCCGCCGCCGCCGCCGCCGCCACAGCGACCCCAGCCGCCGCCAGACGCCGGGGGAGACGCCGGAGGCCGCGGGGGGUGAGGACCCGGCUAACCCUCCUUUUCACCCAAGAUGGACCUUCGGCCUUCGGGAGCCCCGCGCCCCCGCCGCGGAUGCGCCGUUCCCGGAUUGGGCUCUGGCUCCCUCUUCAUGA